GGCGACCGGAAAGCCACUGCCCCGCCAGAAAAACUCGCCCGCACAUUUUCAUUCCUUCUCAGAACAGACCACUCUCGCUCAUUUUCCCGUCUCCCUCUCCUCCCUCUAUCUCUUAACCCCUCCCUCCGGUGUCUCACACAGACUUUCCAAGAUACCGCGUACUGAAUUCAGAUGCCGUGCACUUCCAAAGCGAGCAUCAGCAUCACCACCAGAGCGACUCCGGCUCGGAUUGUGUAUGGAGCGCGUUUUCGUCCUCGGCUGUUUUCGAUUCAUCUAAUUGAUUAGAACCGCCCCCUCCCAGUAUCACCCGAAUAAAUCCGUUAUCUGAAUUAUAGCGGCCUCCCUCCAGUUCUCUCUCUCUUUUCCUUGGCUUAUCCUAUCUUCCAACCGAACAGAAUGUCUGUGUAUUUGCCGCAUGAGGAUGUCCAAGGAUUGGAACUCAUUUAAUGGGGUUGCAGUAAUUCAGCCUGCCGCCUGUUCCGCUCCGGAGACAUGAAUCUACCAUAACGGAAUUUGCUUUCCCUUUGAAAACCGGAGAAAUCCAAACUGUUUGUUUGCCGCCUCAUGAGGGUUACCUUUUUUGCUGGUCAAUAACUGUCGUCAAUAGAGUAGCUGUCACCGUCAUCGCUUCAAUUCCAAACUGGAGAAGUCGUGAUCAACGGGAAUGAAAUUGAGAAAAUCACCCGAGGGUUGGAGGACGGGGCUGAGUUUAGGUCGGGAACUACGAGUCUAGAUAAUUUCAACUUUACGCGCAAGACUUUCUCUUUCUGUAUGGACAGAUCAACAUCACUGGAUAUCGAGGCUCUGAAGAUGACCCAGGAGCAGUACAUCCUGGCGGCCCAGCCCAACCCCCUUGCCCAGCGGGUACAUCCGGGCACACAGGCCUACCCAGUGGGCAUCUACGGCUGGAGGAAGCGCUGCCUCUAUUUCUUCAUCCUGCUGCUCCUCGUCACGAUGAUCGUCAACCUGGCUCUCACCAUCUGGAUUCUCAAGGUCAUGAACUUCACUGUGGAUGGGAUGGGUAAUCUUCGUGUAACCAAAGAUGGGAUCAGGCUUGAAGGUGUUUCUGAAUUUCUGCUUCCUGUGUACGUGAAAGAAAUACAGUCCAGAAGGGACAGUCCUCUGAUCUUGCAGUCGGACAGGAAUGUGACGGUGAACGCCAGAAACGCCCUUGGUCAGCUGACGGGCCAGCUCACUGUGGGCUCCGAGAUGGUGCAGGCACAGUGUCAGAGGUUUGAGGUGAGAAGUCCUGACGGGGACCGGGUACUGUUCUCCGCCGACGAGGAGAAGAUCAGCAUCGGCACUGAGAAACUGAGGGUGACAGGGAACGAAGGCGUCGUUUUCGGCCAUUCGGUGGAGACGUCCCACAUCAGAGCAGAGCCAUUCCAGGAUCUCAAGCUGGAAUCUCCGACCAGGACCCUGACUCUGGAGGCCCCGAAAGGUGUGGAGGUCAACGCCGGAGUGGGGGACUUCAAGGCCUCCUGCCGGAAAGACCUGCUUCUCCAGUCGUCAGAAGGAGAGAUCUUUUUAGACGCCAGCACGGUUCGUCUGGGCAGCCUUCCUCAGGGGACGGCGGCGGACCCGCUGCACGGCGCGCCCGGCACCACGUACCCCAAACAAACUGUGUACGAGCUGUGCGUGUGCCCAAGUGGCAAGCUAUACCUGUCCCCCGCCGAGAAGGGCUCCACCUGCCAGGCCACCAGCAACGUGUGUCUGUGGAGCUGAGAGAGGGCAGAGGACCGCUGAACACCAGAAAGGCCUUCCCCUCUUUAGGAUCCCCGUCUGGGAUCCCAGGACUCCGGACCUUGGUCUCAAUCCAUUCUGUUCCCCAUCUAUCGACAGAUGCACUUUCUUUGGGGGAUAUUCUUCAUAUCUUUUUCCUCUCUCUCUCUGUCUCCGUGGCGACCUCGUCUUUCUUCUCUCUCUCUUUUAUCGCUCUGUCUUUUCCUUUUUUACUUAUCAUAUUGCACUUUCUUUUGGUCAUUGUUUGUUUUUGAUUUUUCUCUCUUUCCCUCUUGUUGGUUGUUGUCCUCGUGCGCUCUGUCCGUCCCCUUGGUCGUCUCUCACAGUCGUCCCAAAUGAAGAAAAAAAGAUCUGGAAUUCCUCAAAAAAUCUGGCUUGGGAAAAAGCCCCCUUCUUCCAAAACUUUAAAUGGAACAAAAAAAACUUGAUGUUGUUUUUUUGUUGUUUUUUUCCCUCUAUUUUUCUAUUGUUCUCAGAUGGGGAAUGAGUGUUGGGCCGCUCCCGAGCCGAACUUGAUCCGGGACAUUUGCGCGGUCGGAUUUGGGCCACGUCUGUUUUUCUAACAAAGCGAUACACAGGUGCCUUUGCUAUUGUUGGUAAAGCACACCACCUCCAACAUUCUCAUCAUCUUCAGUGGACCGUCACUAACUCACUGGAAAACAAACUGCUUUUGGGAUAUAAGCCCUGUAGAAAUCUCUAUACAGACUUCAAGUACAGUUUGAAUUUUUUUCUCUGAUGUUUCUUGAUAAAAAAAAAAGCACAAAAUUAUGCCAUGUAUAUAAAAAUACCAAUAAAAUGAAAAAAUAAAACAAUUUUGUUUUUUAAAGACACCCUGAAUCUGAGAAUGCUCUAACGUUUCUACUUUUUCAUUUCCAGUUCUACAGUCAUGUGUAGUGUUACGUUUUGAGGUUCAGUCAUGAAUAUCCCUGCUCUGAAAUCACAUUCUAUGAGUUACCUAAAAGUAAUUUUUGCAAUCUUUCUCCUUGUCCAUCAGAGCUAAAUGAUGUAGUCUUAGACAAAAACAAAUAAUAAACCUUUUGGAAUUUGGAUUUCAUCGAGCACUGCUCACUGGAAUGAAGUAUGCAUUCUGCUUAUUUUAGCACAAGAGUACUCCAUGGCACUCUUAAAGUGGAGUUCCUAUCUGAAUAAAAUGCAGUUUUAAGUCAGAGCUAAAAAAGUAUCCGCUAAUCCGGGCCGGAUCUAGGCAUAAGCGACCGAAGUGGAACCACUAGGGAGUCCCAACCACUAUUGGAGGGGGGGGGGGGCUCAAAUCCAAUUGUUAUUAGUGCCACCAAAAGGCUAAAGACGGUACUGCAUUUAACCUUCCCAUGUGAUCUGACCAUCUGAUCCCUGACUGCACAGCAGAUGAGGUGGCAGGCCACCAUUGGUCAAAGCAAUGCAAUGGAUAUUAAAACCAAACGCAAACGGCGACAUGGCAUUUCACUUGGCGUUUAGGAAUGGUCAUUCUCCUGAGUUUCACGCAGGUCACAUAACAAAGUCAAGCUGCGUGCGAUGUCUCUGAGUUGCGUUUGGUUUCAUUCGCGUUCCCAGUCUAUUGAGCCGUUGUCAAAUUAAAGCACCUGGAGAGAGUUUAUAGUUUUAACAUUCAACUGCUCCUUCCACCAUAUGGUAUAGAACAACUUAAAAACCAUAUGGACAAAUGUUGUGGAAGUACUACGUGGACACAUUGUUUUAUUUUUAUUUUUAAUAAAUCAAUAUUUAUUCAUCCUCACAUGUACAUAAAUACACACCCGUUUUAAAUGACGAACAGAGAUAUAUUUUCUUACAGAUUCUAUGCAAUGUGUUUGUAAGAUUGUUGUAAGACUGCAAUAUUAUCCAACGACAAAAUCUGUUUGAAGUUUUCUUUAUUGUUAUCGUAUGCAAAGUGUUUUUCUGCUUUCUUUGCGUCCAUACAGGUCAAUGAUAUAGACAUAUAGACAUUUACGAGGUUACUCAACAGAACAUCACUUUGGGCCAUAUCCUUUGGUCGAUUAAUGAAGUGCUGAUAUGACAAAAACAGUUGAUGAUUAUUAAAUGUCUUUAUUUGGGAGAAGCAAUCAAAACAGUGUGUCAUUGUUUUGUUUACUCACUGCAGUUGCAUAUGCUGAAGAGUAGAAUG